AUCAUCCGACACCACCUUACCUCCAUCCACCGACACCGACACCUACACCGACACCGACACCUCCCUCACGACGCCCUGACACCGCGGGGAGCAUCCUCAGAACAUGGGUCAGAACCAGUCUGGCCUCGGUGGUCCCGGUGGCCCCGGAGGUCCUGGAGGCGAUGAUAACAAGAAAAAGGACGGAAAGAAGGAUAAGCCCAAGUACGAGCCGCCGCCACAGCCCACCACGCGCAUCGGCCGCAAGAAGAAGAAGCAGGCUGGUCCCAACGCUGCCGCAAAGCUGCCCACGGUCUACCCGACUGCGCGAUGCAAGCUCCGAUAUCUGCGCAUGCAGCGCGUCCACGAUCACCUGCUGCUGGAAGAGGAGUUUGUGGAGAACCAGGAGCGAUUACGGAAAGCCAAGACGGCAAACGAGAAGGCUGCGCCUGUGGGAGCAGAGGCUGAUGACAGGAAUGCCGACGAACGGAGUCGUGUCGAUGAUAUGCGAGGUUCCCCCAUGGGCGUGGGCAACCUGGAGGAGCUCAUCGACGAUGACCACGCCAUUGUCUCAUCGGCAACCGGACCGGAGUAUUACGUCUCCAUCAUGUCUUUCGUCGACAAGGACCUGCUCGAACCUGGCGCGUCCAUCUUGCUACAUCACAAGAGUGUGUCGGUUGUUGGUGUCCUGACCGAUGAUGCCGAUCCCGCGGUGAGUGUGAUGAAGCUCGACAAGGCUCCCACAGAGUCGUACGCAGAUAUCGGAGGUCUGGAACAGCAGAUUCAAGAGGUUCGCGAAGCCGUCGAGCUACCACUCCUUCAUCCCGAGCUAUACGAAGAGAUGGGUAUCAAGCCUCCAAAGGGUGUCAUCUUGUAUGGUGCUCCCGGUACAGGAAAGACGCUUCUCGCCAAAGCUGUCGCCAACCAAACAUCCGCCACCUUUUUGCGAAUCGUCGGCUCCGAGCUGAUCCAAAAAUACCUUGGUGACGGUCCACGACUGGUCCGCCAGCUCUUCCAAGUCGCAGCGGAGAAUGCCCCUUCGAUAGUCUUCAUUGACGAGAUUGAUGCCAUCGGCACGAAGCGAUACGACAGCACGAGCGGAGGAGAGCGCGAGAUCCAGAGAACCAUGUUGGAGCUGCUCAAUCAGUUAGACGGUUUCGAUGAUAGAGGAGAUGUCAAGGUGAUUAUGGCUACGAACAAGAUUGAGACGCUCGACCCAGCCUUGAUUCGUCCUGGGCGUAUUGAUCGCAAGAUCUUGUUCGAGAAUCCCGAUCAGAACACCAAGAAGAAGAUCUUCACACUACACACGGGCAAGAUGAACUUGGCGGAAGAUGUGGAUCUGGAUGAGUUCAUCAGCCAAAAGGACGAUUUGAGUGGUGCGGAUAUCCGCGCAAUUUGCUCUGAAGCUGGUCUGCUGGCGCUGAGAGAGCGGAGAAUGAGAGUCAACAUGACGGACUUUAGAGCUGCGAGGGAGAGUGUGUUGAAGACGAAGACCGAGGGCGAGCCCGAGGGUUUGUACUUGUAAAGAAGAAGAGAUACACAGAGUGGGUUGCUCGCUGGACGUCUAUUCAGUGAGUGUUGUAUUAUCAUGGUAGCUCGCUGAACUGAUGAAGUUUGCACUCUUUGGUGACAGCAGCAACAGCGAGAUCAAUAGAGACUUUGUUCAGCGGU